AUGGCGAGACAGCACUCUCUUCAAUAUGGGCGAGGUGCCUUGCCAGCCCGAACAAAAAGUCCUAGGAUGAGAGUAGAUAAUAAACAGUUGGAUCACUUUUUGACUUACAUAACUAGCCCGCACGUUAUCCAGGAUCUUCCUUUUGGGCAGCGAUAUCUCCGCCUAUCUUCUGGAAAGAUAUUAGAAACCCCAAAUGUCAUUAGGGCGAUGAUCCCUAACAGGCUAGUAAAGCAGUACCAGGCUUAUUGCGAGGAGACGAAUUUCACUCCAUUCAGCCCAACAACAAUGUUAAGAGUCCUGUCUGCCUGCAGGGCGACCGUAAGGAAGUCCUUGCAAGGGCUCGACUACAUUGCUUCGGAUCGCGCGAAAGGGUUUGAAGCUUUGUGUGGAAUAGUGGACCAACUUAAAGAGAGAGGUCUGGACAGAGAGACUGCCAAAAAAUGGGAAGUGUCUCUGAGGGAAGGCAAGCAUUAUCUGAAGGCUGAUUAUAAGGUAUCAGAUACGGUUUAAAACAUGGUUAACUGAAAGUAAACCGUAAUAUAUAACGAACUGCCACGAGACUGGCAAAAUGGCAAAAUCUGUUAACUUUGUCGUGAGGGCUUAUUUAAAUCAGGUGGGUUCUUUUCCAAACUAAUUAUACUAUUGUUGGGCAAGAGAACACAGCUCUCUAUACUGGCGACCGUCUUCGCCUUGCUAGGUGUGUUCUUUAUUCUACCAAGAUUCAUAUUUUCUAAUUGCUUUAACCAAACUUGGCAAAAAUAUUGCGGGUACAAUAGAUGAAAGCUCAGAAACUUCAAACGGUCACUAAAUUUACUACUUUAUUUACUUGUGUGAAAGUCUCAGUAAUGUUCUUUUUUCAAUUAAAACAUUCUUGACUGAGUCAACGUUUGUACCUGAAGAACUAGAAGACGUCUUGUACACGCAUAGUCAUGCAGUCCAGGCAAUCCACCCCUGGAGAGCAUAUCAACUCAGGUGUGUCAGGCAAGAUACAGCAAGGAUGGCGUGCUUAAGCGCUUUAGAUGAGACCUCUGUACUCGUAACACAAGAUUGGGCUAUGAAGUUUUUACGGCUCAAAUAUAGAGAAAACCAAUCAGAUUGGUACGGGAAACGAGGAAUAUCGUGGCAUAUAAGUGUCAUCGCAAGAAAAAUGAGAGGGCUUUUAGAAAGUCAGUCCUUCGUCCACAUAGUUGAGAAUACAUCACAAGACAGCUCAGUUGUAGUGCGAAUUAUUGAGGACACCUUAAGGUCGCUGAAAGAGGAGAAUCCUAGAAUCAACAGUGCCUUUCUACGGCAAGAUAACGCGGGAUGUUAUCACAGUUCUGCUGUAAUAGCAUCAUGCACCCUAAUGAAGGCAAACACUGCGAUAGACGUUUGCAGAGUAGAUUUCAGUGACCCUCAAGGAGGCAAGGGGGCUUGUGACCGAAAAGCCGCCACUAUCAAGGCCCAUGUCCGCAGGUAUGUAAAUGAGGGCCACGACAUGCAAGAUGCUGAACAGCUUCAAACAGCUAUCCUGUCUAAUGGCGGUGUCACCGGGGUUCGCGUUACUGUUGUUAAUGCUGCCGUUUCUGCCUGUGAACUGCCUCAAGUCAAACUUGAUGGUAUCAGCACGUUAAACAACUUUGAGUACUGCAAAGACCAGUUGACAGUUUGGAGAGCUUUCAACGUCGGAAAUGGAAGGGAGAUCAGCCAAACGAAAGUUCAAGGUAAAAAAAAAAAUACGGGCAUAGUGAUAUGUAAAUGUACUGUAUUGGAGUGUUGCAAAUACUCACUGACUUAGCCAGCUAAUAAUUACGGACAACGGGCAAUAUUAACAGUGUAAGAGAGUCUAUACUAAUGGCUACUAUGGACAACUCAGUCAGUUGUGUACAUGAUAAAUUAACAAACCUUUAAAAGACGCGAAAAACGUUUCAUCUAAAAUUAAAAAAGACUUCCAUUUCAAUGUUCGCUUUUUUAGUUGCUGAUGUCUUGCAAAGCUGCAAAUUUACUUGCUGAUUUUCCCCUGGUGACUUUGUAAAAGCAUCCAAGGAAGCCUCAAAGAAGCCAAGACCCAAUGAAACGAUGACAGUAGAAGAAGCGAAAGACGCUUCUGUCUUGUUCUCCUGCCCAAAUGAAGGUUGCAUCAAGGUAUACGAGAGAUACUCGAGUCUCGAAAGGCAUAUGUCGUUUGGCAAAUGCAAGUUGAUUCCGGAGAAAGAGACUUUGCUGGACAGGGCUAAAUUAACGUACCACGCUAUCCUUCAGGACGAUAUUGGCAUUGCAAAAGUAUUUGAAGGAAGGGAAACGGAGAAGAAGCACGGUGUCAGUUUACCUGAGGGUUGGGCGUUGAAAACUGCAAAGAAGUCGUCACGGUUUAACGAAUCACAAAGAAAGUACCUGGAGGAAAAAUUUGAGCUUGGACAGCAAACAGGCCACAAACAAAACCCUGAGAAAGUGGCGAGAGAUACGCGUUUUGCAAAAAAAGCAGAUGGUUCGAGGCUAUUCUCGAGUGAUGAGUUUCUUACCUCGCAGCAGAUACAGUCUUUCUUUUCAAGAUUAUCGUGCAAGUUGCGUCACGCUGUAGAGGUUAGCGACUCAGAUUUACAAGCUUCUCAGGAUGAACAAGAGUUUUGCGACACCCGCCAGACUGUGUUAGAGGAAGUACAGCUAGAACAUCCCAUCGCUUAUGACAACCUAAACCUUUGCGAAUUGACCAAGAAAGGUAACAUGAAAACACUCAGCAUUGCAAUGCUGAAGAACAUAUCAUAUUUUGAUAUCUGCACGGAAGAAUUUAACCCAAGGCGCAAGGCAUAG